AGCUAACCUGCCCCCUAGCAGGUUUACUUCAACUAACCCUGACUGUCUCCGCCUCUUUGUCGGAAACCUGACUGUAGGAAGUGUCAGACAUGGCGUGCCCCUUCCUUGAAGAGCCAGUAGAUGUUGAAGCCCAAAUUCUCCGCAGAGCUCUCCGCCGGGAGAGAGUGAUUAGAGCGUGUUUGGACAUUUUAUCAUGUCCUGAUGAUUUUCUGUGUGAACGUUACCGUUUUUCAACACAAUCUAUAAUUUAUUUGAAUAACAUCCUCAGGCCUUAUAUUGCUCAUGUGACACAUCGCGGACAUUCUCUCAGUUCUGUACAUAUUAUUUGUAUUGCACUUCAUUUUUUUGCAAACGGGAGCUUUCUGUAUAAUAUUGGUGACGCUGAGCACGUUUCCAAGGCUACCGUCUGUCGGGCAGUCAGGAAUGUGACAGUUGCACUGAAACGUCUCCUGUACUCGUUUGUGGUGUUCCCCGGUCAUAGACCCACAAGAUUUAUCAAAGAGGGAUUCCACAAAAUUGCAGGGUUCCCAGGCGUGAUUGGCUGUAUAGAUGGCACUCACAUUCCAAUCAUUGCUCCUUCAGUAAAUGAAGGAGACUAUGUGAACAGGAAGUCUUUCCACAGCAUUAAUGUACAGAUCAUAUGUGAUGCUGCCAACAUUAUCACAAAUGUGGAAGCCAAGUGGCCAGACUCUGUUCAUGACUCACAAAUUUUUCGUGAAUGUACACUGAGCACAAAAUUUGGACAUGGAGAGUUCACUGGCUACUUGCUUGGUGAUAGGGGGUAUCCAUGUUUACCCUAUUUGCUUACCCCUUACCCUGACCCUGAACCGGGCCCACAGCAGCAAUAUAAUCUGGCUCAUUGCAGGACAAGAGCCAGAGUUGAAAUGACUAUGGGAAUGCUUAAGGCCCGGUUCCAGUGCCUUCAAAGACUCAGGGUCACCCCAGAAAGGGCAUGUGACAUUAUUGUGGCAUGUGUGAUUCUUCACAACAUUGCCACAAUUAGAGGAGAACACUGUUCUUCUGAACCAAACAUCAGCAGUGAUCCAAACCAUGAACAUCCUGACCCUCCCACGGACAUACAAGAUGGAAGAGCAGUCAGAGACACCAUAUGUCACAAUAAUUUCCUUUGA